AUGGCGAUCCAGCAGCGCAACAAGCAAACGAGCAUUAUCCUCACCUUUAGAAUCCUCCAAUUUGUCAAACAGCUUCGUCGUCGUGUCAAGCCGCGUGUGCAGCAUGGCUCAAUCGAUGCGAGCCCUCUUGGCAUCAGCCUCGCGCCGAGCCUCCGAAGUGUCGCCCAGAAUCUAUCACGGAUCAGCGUCCAGGAUGCGAGGCAGUCGCGUCGCGUCGCCAAUCGCAUCUGCAAGAGUCAGAAGGGUGCGACGUUCACUCGAUCGUCGCGCAACCUGCAGACGCCGGCUUCGGCUGCUCCCGCAAGUCGAAACCUAGGGAAUGAGGUGCAACAUAUGCUUCGCUACGUCGACGGCAAACUCCAUGUAGCGGGAAACGCGUUCUCGUCUAUCGCGGACAGCGACAGGCUCUUUCUCAAACACGACAACGCGUCGAUCUUGGAGGCUCGUUCCAUGAACGAAACUAUCCAGCUCCUCGUGGCAGUACACGAAGCGAUCAACGUGCUUGCGGGGUGUCGCCGGCAGUAUGGUGACGACUGGCUCUUGGCCCAAGGGCUUGACCUCGGACUGAUCCUUGACGAGAACUUCAUUGCCAACUAUGAACAUCUACUGCUGCGGCUACAGACAGACCUAAUCGAGUCCUUGGCACGCAAGGCUCUGGAGGAGUUGCUCUGCGGCGAUCACGACAAGAGGCAGCGCAAACUCCUGGCCUGGUUUACAGAGUUCGCUGAGAAGCCACAAGCGCUCAGCACCUUCCCAUGGACUAUCAAACCGUCGCUAGCCGUUCUGUGGGGAGUUUGCUGGAUGUUUUACGAGGGAACUGGCAAAGACCGCGUGCCGUACAACAACGUGCUACACAACCUCAAUCUUUCGUGGGAUACCGAUGCAUCGUCAGACUACCUCAGCUUUGGCCAAGAGCUGAUUGGCGAGCAGCCGCAGCAUGCGACGCCUGCGACAAACGUCCAUGUGGACCAUGCUCCAUUCCAGGCACGAAACACGGAAACCUGGGAGCCCGAUCUGAGUUUGAAUGGUCUUGCGGACAGGCUGCCAGUUCCAGUCCUGCGGGUUAGUCAGGCUGGAGAAGGUGCGGACCCAGAGCCGCGACCAAACAUCAUGACUGAGCUUUCGCCAAACCCUACUUCCAUGCAAGUGCCGCACGAGCACAAGCGGAACAUUUCCAUCAGCUCGCUCACCGAUAUGCCUACCCCGGUCAGCAUGAGCGCUCGAUCACCUAUGACCUCUCCAACUGCUGGCGAACGACAAAUCAUCGUUACAAGCCCGCCCCGAAGCCACAGCAGGGGACUUUCUGUAGACUCCUCGCAAGACGGCGAUGACGACGGAUCACUACGGAAGAACCACAGCUAUAAACGCGCCGAAGAACCACCGCGCAACGAAGACGGCAAGAUGGUGUGCAAGUAUCAAGAGUGCCGCGGUACAUCUUUUGACCGAAAGUGCGAAUGGAGGCCUUACAAGUGCAACGUCAAGGGCUGCGAAAAGCUCCAAGGCUUCACUUACAGCGGUGGCCUUCUUCGCCACGAACGCGAAGUUCACAAGAUGCAUGGCGGUACCAAGAAGUCCCUUUUCUGCCCCUUCCACGACUGCAAGCGCAGCUCAGGCGCCGGCUUCACGCGGAAGGAGAACCUCGCUGAGCAUGUCCGUCGUGUUCACCGCAGAACAUCAAUGUCGGCAGAUAUGCAUGGCUUGAUCAUCCGCCGCGACAUGGUCAGGCGUGAGAUGGAGGGGGGUUCUCCCAUUCCUGAGUCACGCACCUCGGAGUCACCGUACAACCGCACCAUGGACUACCGCGAGGAAGAUGAGAUGAGUCUGAAGCGCAAGCGACUUGGCUCUGACUCUGGCCUCUCAGACCGUGGCAACGAUGAGAUGCGCUCUGAGAUCAAGCGUCUCCGUCAGGAGAAUGAAGAGAAGGACUCGAGGUUACGGCAGCUCGAGCAGGCAGUCAUGGCUCUUCAACAGAGUCAUAGGUGA